AUGGAUUCUUCCAAUUUAUCGAUUCCUGUUGCUGCAGAAAACCAUCUCAUCACCAGUGAUAUUCCUAUCGGAUAUAACAAUUCCACUUGUUUGAUUAACUCGGACAAUUAUGAAUUCGGCGUCAAACUCAACUUGCUUUUACAGCAAGAAGCUGAUCUGGCCUUGGCUGAACAGCAGCUUAAAGCUCUUGAAAAACUCAAACUGGACAUGAUGAUGACUGGCCCAUUCAACUCGACUAUCACUACUGAUGAAUUUGCUUUAAAGUCUUCUCAUAAUGACUCGGUCGCCAAUGUUAUUCCCAAACCACAUUGGAAUCCCCGCUUCGCUUCGCUUUCGUGUCCGAUUGCUCCGGACAUUCUUUUGCAAUCCAACAGUCUUGUUUCUGAACAUUCGUCUCAAAAUACCAAUCUUGUUGAUCCAAACACUGUCGAAGAUCAUGCAAAAAAUGUUUGGUCUGAUAAACAGCUGGAAAUGUAUUCUUCUCUCACUGCUCUCACUCAAGAACUUGAACUACUUGAACGUCGUCAAAUGAAUCUCAUGAACAACAAUGUUUUGUCCGAUUCAAAUCACGCUUCUACAAAUCCUCUUUCUUUGCUAAAAAAUGAAAAUGGUGCUGUUCAGGGCUUGAUGGAUAGACUUGCUGCUGCUUCCGUUCAUGAUCAACUUGGUCCUAAUAUCUUGACGCAAUACUCUUCUAACCCUGUAUCUACUCAAGGCGUACCUGUCUGCGAGGAAAUGAGCCCAAAUCCUUGUCAAUCUACAGAUACUACAGUUCUCAGUAUUCAACAAACAAGUCCUGAUUCCGUUCAUCAGCUAUGUCGUCACGAUUCUAUAGAUUCCAUUCAGACUCCACUGGCUGCCAACAAUCUACUCAAAUCUGCUGUUUCACUUGCAGAGCCCGUGUCCAAUAAUCUAAAUCAAAUGACUACUGCAUUGGGUGUCGAUGUUGACGAAACAAAUGCCGAAAUACAAGAUGGCAUGAAUCAAAUCAAUUCUCAGAUCAUGAUUUUAGAAAAGGCAAGAGCUUAUGCUCGCAAUCCUACAGAAAUUGCACAAAUUGAUGGCAUGCUUGAAAAACUUGUUACUCAGGCUCAUGAACUGCACACUGUUGAAAAAUCACUUGCUCAGUACCACAAACUACUUGCUGAGCAGCAGUCACUUCAAGCACUAUUGUCUGCGACUGAAAAUAUUCAACUAUUAAAUGCAAAUGACAGUGUUUUUCUUUCAUCCAACGUGAUGGUCACUGAUAUGCCAGAUUCACUACCCAAAUUGCCUGCCAAAAAACUAGCACAUUCAUUACCCUUACUAAAGCACAACAUGAAUCUUGAAAGUUCAAAAAGCAUCAAAAAGAAACCACUUGGUCGCGCAUCUACAAAAGUUGCCGCUUUACAAUCUAUUUCUCCUUUGGCUCAUGCAACUUCCAUUGCAAACAUUGAUCAUUGUAAUGCCAGUGUUUCAACAAAACACUCUGCAUCUGUUUUUGAUUCAAACCCCAUCAAAUCCAAAACCCAUGGUACUUUGUUUAAAAAAACUGUCGCUUCACCAUCUGCUCCGCUCACUCAAAUCCCCAUUGCUGACAUUGAACCAGAAUCCUAUAUAAACAUGUCUAUCCAAUCCAUCAAUGACAUGACAGAUGUUCCUUCAUCUGCCAACCCAGCCACUGACUCUUUUGUCUUUGAAUCUGAUCACAUAAACAGGCUAUUUGCUCAGCACAAGGACGAAAUAUACCGACGUGCAGCCGAUACCAUCUCAACACACGACGCCAGCCCAUACUUUCUUCUUUCCGUGUUUAAAACACUGUCAAAACUGGAUUCGCAGUAUGCAAGAGAACGAGUGAUGAUUGCUUUGGAUGAAAUUGUGGAUCAAGUUCAAGACAUAAAAACUGAUUCUAGUAUUUCUACCAAGCCAACAAUGAAAUCUGUCGGCAGUCAGCAAAAAAAGACACAAGAUGCCAACAUAAAACUCAAACCGAAUCUGCCUAUCCAUUCAAACUCUUUGCCACCACACUCGGUUUCCAUCAACCAAGACCAACCAAAACCUUUAAAACCACGCUUAUCAGACAAGUCUCAAUUGCAGCAACUGAUUCAUCAGGCUCUACAAGAUCAUAUUACGCAAAUCUGCAAUCAAGCUAUUCUGUCUGCGUCAACAACUGCAAAAUCAGCCGUAUUUACACUACCCAUACUUGAAGAUCUGAUGAUUCAAACUCAUAGUAGCAUUUACUCUUAUGUCAGUAUGCUACACAUCAAAGCAGACGGCACCACUGGUGAAGAUGCACACUCUCAUGCUAUGAAGAGUGUUGCAUCUCAGCGAAGUGCAGUUGAAUCUGUGUUGGGAAAAUUCAAGGGAUUAAGUGUAGAAAAGUAUUGCCAUGAGCUUAGUAACACUGUUUCUACGUUGCUAAACACAAUGUUUGAUAAAGAACUCAAUGGCAACAAUAAGGACGAGGUUGCGUCUCAGUUUUGCACUCAACCAUCAUCUGAAUCAACUUCAAAUGUUGCGUGGAAAGCUGUUCGGAAUGCAAGUAUUCCAUCCAACCCUACACCGUCCGCUCCAUCACUGGUGCUACUGAAAUCUGAUUCAGAAAUAGAUGCUGAAUGCGAGAUUGAUGACUUUUAUGAUGACACGUAUGCCUCGCGCUAUAACCACGAAACUGGCUCACACCCAUUCGAUGACGUUGAACAUGAUUCAAAUGGUGAUCAAAUUGAAUCAAGAUCUAAUCCUUCCGAUAUGUACACUUCCGUCAAUACUGGUCUUGCUACUACAGAUUACGAUUGCGAGGCCAACUUAAACUACGCGAAUGAUGAUUGCUCUGAGCUAGAAAGUGAUGAAGAUUACGAGGAUGAAUAUGAUGCCGAGUGUCAGCUCGGGUUUGAUGUAACCGACAACAACAAGUCCAACAGCAGCAUCACCUUACCAUGCACUAUUUCCAUCAACGAUGAAACUGAAAUGGAUAGAGAAGAUGAAAGAGCAGCAGAUUUACUCGAGGAAAGAGUUGAGUUGGUCAAGCAACAGAUGGAGAUUGAUCUGGCUUUGGAUGAUAUGAUUCGAAAAGAGCAUGUGGCAGGAACUUUUACAGAUCUGCAAAGUCCACAGAAAAUCAAGUCUGCUAGACAUUACAUCAACGUCGACUGCAAUAAUCCAAUCGAUCCAAAUGUGAUUAUUGUUGAGGGAGGCAAAAUUCAAAGUAAACCAAAUGCGAUGGUUGACAGUGUAUACACUGGGUCAGCACUUUAAAUUCAAGGAUGCACAGGUUGUAAUCACUGGACUGAUAUUGUUUUUUACAUGUCAUCAGCAAUUGAGCAGCAAAUACAAACUAGCAGAUGAUGUGACAGGUAUUGACAGAUUGAAUCAAUCCAUUAUAUAAACUGGGUUCGUAGUUCAAUUUGACAAAAUUGAAUAAACCUUACUUUUGAAUGGC